AUGGAUCUUUCUACGGUGAACUUCAUAUUCGCACUGCUGGCGACACUGCUCGAAUGCCAGGCCAAAAUGCCUUUGUUCUUUCCGGCCGCUUCAGUGUAUCAGAUAACGGCGGCUCUAUCAGUUCCGGUCGUGCUACCGCCACGUAAAAUAUUUUGGGACUGGGGCGUGCAAGUCAACUAUGAACUGCCUGGCAAUCCGGCGAAGUUUUAUGCAGCUCAAAUCUGGGAAGAUCAGUUUGCGCGUCGUGCUAAGCGGCACCUGCACAAUGAGACCCAAAAGUAUAUGCCGGCCGCUUGGACGAAUAUGCAUCCGAAUGAUCUGACUGCCGGCGAGCUCUACGAGAGCAUCGAGAAUAUGCUAGUCCGCUAUGGUUUCGAUGAGACCUGCUUGCUGCGAAGCGUCUGCGAACUGGCUCGACAUCCGUUCCAUAACAAUGAGCAGAACAUGUUGACGGCUCUGCUUACCUUCACGCUUACUCCAUCUCUGCAUGCGGCCUUUGGACCCAGCGAAACGAUAUACCGCCAAAUCUAUGAGAAUGCCGAACAGCAGGGAUUCAUGGGCGCAGACUGCGCCCAACUCUAUGCCCAGUGUCCAGUUGACUUCCUAAGCGCCAUCAGCAAACUCAUUCACUGA